AGUUCCAGAGAAACAAGGAUACACGCGCUAAUGAUCCUUCAACAGCAACUGACGAUAACCCAUGCUCUAAUCCCAUGACAUCAGCAAUGGACAAUGGCCAAAGAUCGCAAGACAACAGUAACCAAACUGCUAACCAUCCCGUUUCUGUUUCAGAUCACUACACAGGCCACUCACACGUUGGGUAUGAGUUGGAAGAUGGCGAUUACUCAGGCAAAUCUGCCGACCUGGACGUUCACAAUAUCGAAAAUGUUCCAGUGGAUCUUAGGAUGUCUAUCUUAUCGCACAAUAAUCAGCAUAUCUCCGAGUCUAGGUCCGAGGCAGAUUUUCAGCUUCAAGCUGACUUUCCUUAGCCCGAAACUUCGCUUUGCGAGGAAACUGGGCCAUCGCUUGAUCGCCAGAAUGAUAUGCUUGAUCGCAGUCAUUCACGUCCCUUAGAAAAGCCGUAUGAAUGUAGGUUUUGUGAUAAAAGAUUUUCUACUCAAUCCAGUCUAACAUCUCAUGAACGUACGCACCGAGAAGAGAAACCUUUCAAGUGUAAAGUGUGCGAUAAAGUCUUCGAUUGGCGAUCUCUUCUUGUCCGCCAUGUUCGAGUUCACUCAGGAGACAAACCCUUCACGUGCAAGUUCUGCGCUAGAUCAUUCAGUGAUAAAUCCAAUCAUACUGCUCAUGAACGGUACCAUACCGGGGAGAAGCGAUUUACCUGUGAUCACUGUGAUCGAGGUUUUCACUCCCGUUCCAAUCUUAAAAUUCAUCUACGCAUCCAUACUGGGGAGAGACAAUACAAGUGUAAAGAAUGUAACAAGGUAUUCAGGCAACCUUCACAUCUCACAGAUCAUCAACGCGUCCAUACAGGAGAGAAACCUUUCAAAUGUAACGUUUGUGAGGAGGCGUUCAGAAGUGCAUCAAAUCUCGCAGGUCAUCAACGCAUCCAUACUGGAGAGAAACCGUUCAAGUGUAAAAUAUGUGAAAAGUCUUUCUCUCGGAAAUCUAAUCUAACUGUACAUGAAGGAAUCCACCUCUGAGAGAAACAAUAAAAAUCUGUCAAUGGUAAAAAACAAACACUUGGAAGACUAUCAAAAUGUUAACAUUAACAAAAGGCUUCUUUUCCAAAUUAUGGAAAAUGUUCAUUAUACAUGUACUUGUAGGCCCUUUUUGAAAUGCAAGUAGUCAAAUCUGAACACCACGCAAAGGCCACUGCUUACAUGCUGACUUCCAUAUUUGUAGCAUCACAAUAAUUUUCAUUAUCAUUGUUUUAGAGUUGAUAUAUUGUACAGUUUCUAGCCAUAUUACUCAAUGCACUU